UUUCUAGAAGCACAAAAGGGCGAGCGGAGCAGAGAAGUUUACGAAUUUCCGUUAUCCAUCUUGUUCUCUCUCUCUCAAUCUCUUGAAGAUUUUUACCAAAUUUUAGGGUUUUUCUGUGAAUCUUUGGAAUUUUGAAUCCGUCCGUUGAGACAGGAACAAUGGUUUCCGAUGCAAUUACCAGCGCCUCCGUCCAUGCAGCCCCGAACAACGGCGGCAGGGAUUUGGGGAAGAAGAAGAGGGCCAGGUCUGCCAAAUUGAAGCAGUGCAAGCUCGAUGUUCGUCGGGAGCAAUGGCUUUCUCAAGGCGCUGUGAAGAACAAGGAUUGCAAGGAGGAACUGAACGGCGUCAUUAAAGCGGGCAAGGAGCGGAAUAACAACCGUUCAUUUGGUAAUAUGGAGAUGAAGCCCAGAGGUGGACAGAUUGACGGAUCGAUCCACCAUCACCACCACCAUGACAGCGAUUUGGAGUCGAACAGUCCGACCAGUUUGACAAGUAGUGUCUUGGGCAGCAACUAUUCCGAGACUACCUUUACUAGCAGCAGUAGUAGCAGCGGUGGCUGUUGCUCUGGUAAUAUCACAGAGGAUGAGGAAGGUGGUGGUGACGAUGGUUGCUUGGACGAUUGGGAAGCGGUGGCUGACGCCUUAGCUGCGGAUGAGAAGCCGAAAAUCCCAUGUCCAGAAUCGCCCCCAGAGCAUGAUCCAAUUGCUCAAAUGGUUUCUCCUCAGGAAACGACUAUUGGGUCCGAUGGGGUUGAGAAUUUGAACCCUCAGUGCGGCAGAGCUAUCCCUAAAGCUUGGGGGAAUGCCCAUGCUUGGAGGCCUGACGAUGCAUUUCGGCCUCAGAGUCUGCCCAAUUUGGCUAAGCAGCUUAGCUUGCCGAAUUCAAACCGGAAACAUUACAGUUGUAGUGGUGUUCCUUGGGCCUAUAAUGGUGUUGCCGUGCCAUCCUCGUGUCCUAUAUGCUAUGAAGAUUUGGAUUUCACGGACACGAGCUUUUUGCCUUGCUUGUGCGGAUUCCGGCUCUGCCUUUUCUGCCACAAUAGGAUUCUGGAGGAGGACGGUCGCUGCCCUGGCUGCAGGAAGCCAUACGAGCAUGAGCUUGUUGAGGCAGAGACAAGUGUGCAUGGAGGAAGUCUCACAUUUCAGCUGCCUCGUUCUUGUAGCAUGAUCACAAGGUCCUAAGGAGAGCUUCUGCUUUUCGUGAGUUAUUUUCUUCAUAAUUGUACAUCUCUAUGGCUGGAUUUGGAUUCAAACGCGAGGUCCCUUUCAUUAAUCUCAGCUGUUAAGUCAUGGUAAUCUAGAAAUUUCCGAUCUUGUUUGUGGUCCAUUAAUAUAUUUGUUUAACUUUUGAGAACAAUGUUAUACACUUACCUGUUUAUACUUCUAAUGUAGGGGAUCUUAGUUUUCUAAGGUUAUGGUGUGUAGAAUUUUCAUGUGGAGCUUCGUCUGGGUAAGAUUUCUGUACAUGGGCAUCAGUCUUUUAAGGUUAACAUGGAUAUUAGCAAACCGUACUCUACAAUUAUUUUGUUCUGGUAACAUGUUUCAUGUGAGAGAAUAGGGUACAAUUUCAAGAGGGAACCUAGGAGCUUCUCUUGCUUAGGACGGUGUUGGUACCAUCGUCAAGGGUCUUAACCCCUCUGUCGAGGGCUAUGUACCUUUUCAACUUCUAUCUAUGGAUUAGUCAAAUGUUUAAGGCAUGAAGGUAUUAGACUUAUGUUGCAUUUGAUUUAGUACUAUUUAUCUUUUAUCUCCUUCGACAAAAAAAUACAGAGGGUAUCUUUUAUCCCUCAGGAACCUGGAGAUAAUGACUCCGGUCACUUGUAAGUCCUGCUUUUCAUGGGUUUUUUCAUGUUUCUAUCACUGUUUCACUUGUCUGUAUGCACUUUCAUGACUUUUUUCGUAUUUCUAUCGCAGUUUAACUUGACUGUAUACAUGGAUUCUCUGUUCUUUCUCAAGCAGCCGUAGCAAGGAAAUUAAACUCAAAUGUUUCACUUGCAUUUCUUCAUAUGUGGAAUGGCUUGAUACACCAAUUUGCCUUUUACACAUAACGAAACUAUUCAUGUCUUGAUGCUUACUGUUACGUUUUAGAAUUCGUAAUUCUUAUGGUGAUUACUAGUAUUUGCUUUGUGUUUCUUCUCGUCGACUAUGACCUUGAUUAGUAAUGUUGAUGUUCUUUUGUGCACUCCCUCCGUGUGUUGAAAACGCGUCGUAGCAAACUAAUUUGAUCUCUCUUGUGCAUGUGCAGUAGGGAAGCCAUUUAUAAAAGCUACCCGACAGUCCAGCAAACUAAUGUUAUUUUGUGACCCUCUGGUUGUCUUAGACAUGUUAUUCGUUCGGAACAUUUAAUGUAUUAUCUGGAAGUGAUUUGUAGCACACUCGAGCAAAUUUAACGUGCCGGUGUAGGAUGUAUGACAAGAUUGAAUCCUGUUGUGCCGUUC